AUGGAACAAAACAAUGAAACAGAUGAUGGAUAUCUUGUCUUGCUUGGAUUCUCAGACCAGCCCCGAGUGGAGUUCAUCCUUUUUGUGGUGGUUUUGGUCUCCUACCUUCUGACGAUUAUUGGGAACUCAGUCAUCAUCCUGGUCUCCCUCCUGGACGCAAAACUCCAGACACCCAUGUAUUUCUUCCUCAAAAAUCUCUCCUUUCUUGACCUUUGUUUCACCACUAGCACUGUCCCUCAGGUACUGUGGAAUUUGAAGGGACCAGCCAAGACCAUCACCUGGACUGGCUGUGCCAUCCAACUCUACGUGUCCCUGUCCCUGGGUUCCACGGAAUGUGUCCUCCUCACUAUCAUGGCAUUUGAUCGCUAUGUAGCUGUGUGCAAACCUCUCAAUUACACCACCAUCAUGCACCCCUCCUUCUGCAAGGCCCUAGCUGGAGUGGCAUGGGUGAGUGGAAUAGGAAAUAGUCUCAUCCAAGGCACCAUCACCCUUCGGCUUCCUCGAUGUGGGCGUCAUCGUCUGGAUCACCUCGUAUGUGAAGUACCUGCCAUGGUCAAGUUGUCAUGUAUUAACACACAUGCAAACGAGGUCCAGCUUUUUGUGGCCACACUAGUUCUCAUCCUUAUUCCUAUGUUAUUGAUACUGCUCUCCUAUGGCCUCAUUGUGCAAGCAGUGAUAAAACUUAGGUCAGUCCAAGCUUUUCGUAAGGCUCUUGGGACCUGUGGCUCUCAUCUGAUAGUGGUGUCCUUCUUCUUUGGGACCAGCUCGGUCAUAUACAUCAAACCACAGAAGUACUAUGGCUAUGUCGACGGAAAGUUCCUUACACUCUUUUAUGGAGUUGUGACUCCCACCCUCAACCCCCUCAUAUAUACUCUCAGGAAUAAGGAUGUGAAGGGAGCUUUUUGGAAGCUUCUUGGAAAAAAUGUAAGAAAAACGUUUUUGUUGAGACUGGAGAACAGAAAGUCAAAGUGUAAUCUUGUUAACUCCCAGGACUCAAUUUUCUUCUUUUAG